CCGUCGGAGAUUGUUGCCCGUGGUAUCCGGGCCACUAAAGCCUACAACAGAGCCCUUUUAGAAGGAAAAACCUGUGUAAGAAGAGUGCCUGUCAUGAUAAUUGGACAAGAUCGGACAGGCAAGACCAGUCUGAAGAAGUCUCUAAAAGGGGAAACUUUCAAUCCAAAUGAAAAAAGCACAGUAGGAAUAGAGACGGAUCCGUCUUAUUUUAAGGUCUCGACAGACGUUUGGAGGACGGGAGUGAAAAGCAAAGGUAACAAACUAGAGCAGACGUUUUCGUUUGAGCACCAGGCAGCCCAGAUGAUAUUUGACAGCUUAAGGAAUAGAAGUACAGACUACUCUGAAGCUAAAGAACUUACAGAGAAACCAAACACUAGCGGUUCGGAGUCACAGAUCGAUUUGAUGAACGUAGCAGAACGGUGUAAAGAACCAAGUGGUAGCAGGACCGAGUCAUCACUUCAAGAAUCAAAAGUAUUUGGGAAAGCCAAGGCCAAUUCAUCAGUUUCAGAGCUUUCAGAAGAACCUAACACUUCUCGUAUCAAACCAGCGUUUCAAGAUCCCAAAGUUCUAGAGAAACCCAAAGCCAAUUCAGCCACAAUAGAUGGGUCACAGAAACCCAGCACAAGUGGGAUUGAGCCAUCACUUCAAGACUCUAAAGAUCAUCUGGUUGUGCCAAAUCUACCUGAAGACGUAGCGUCAUUGGUUCAGAAGUUGCUUGAAAAUAAUAAAGAGGCUGAAGAUCAAAAUGACAUCUAUUCCAUCCUGUGGGAUUUUGGAGGACAGUCUGUCUACUACGCCACCCACCCAAUUUUCUUGACAGAAAAAGCCAUCUACAUUUUGGUUUCCGACCUAAGUCGUGAUCCACACCAGAAAGGUAGCGUUCCAAUGAAGAAAGGAAUGUCGAGGAAUAUAAAAGACAAAAGCUGUAGCAAAACCAAUCUCGACAAUCUUGAUUUUUGGAUGUCAUCAGUUUAUUCUUUGGUUAGUCCAGAUGCUGUCAGUCAGAAGGAUCUUCGCUCUGAAAAGUUACCUCCAGUGUUCUUGGUGUGUACGCAUGCUGACACGCCCUACUGCAGUGAGGACCCUGAAGUUCUUGCCAGGGAAAUUUAUGGUUCUCUGAAAGACAAGAUAUAUGGAAAACUUCUUAAAGGCUUUUUUGUUGUAGAUAACACGAAGUCAGGAAGUGCCGAUGAGUGUCAAGGCGUAAAAAAACUAAGGGAAAAAGUACAUUUUGUAGCAAAGAAUCUUCCACAGGUGAACGAAGCCAUUCCUUUGAAGUGGUUAAAGUAUGAAAAGGUUCUCCGUCUGUUAAGCGAGGAAGGCUAUAAGUGGAUACCCAUUGAGAAAGCAAGACACAUUGCCUUAGAUGAGUGUGGAAUUAACGACGAUGAUCAGUUUCAAACACUAUUAAACUUUUUGCACGAUCAGAGAGUUUUGAUUCAUUUUAACGAAUCACAAGAAUUAAGAAACAUGGUCAUUUUGAGCCCGCAAUGGCUCAUAGACAUGUUUAAGGAGGUAAUCACUGUCAGAAGUUGGGAGUUAGUGGAAGAAAGCGUUGAAGAUCUAUGGCGUAAUUUGGAGAAGAAUGGAAUCUUGGAUGAAAAGCUUUUAGAUAGUAUAUGGAGACACUUGUUUGUUAACCAAGAAACCUGCAAAAGUCUCGUUGCAAUAAUGGAGAGAUUUAGCUUGCUUUGUCCAUGGCCAUCGGAUUGUACCACCAAGCAGUACCUUGUGCCAUCCAUGUUAAAGUCUCCUCCAACAGCUGAUGUUCUUGAGCUCCUUGCCUCUGUACGAAUUCCUUCUCUUUUUGUGAGGUUUGAAUCUUGCAGAGUGCCCCCAGGCCUGUUUUCGAGACUUAUUUUGCUUUUUCACCACUGGGCCCAAGAUAAGUGGGGCAGACCAAUCAAACCUAAACUCUUCAAUAACUUUGCCCUGUUU